AUGGCGGCGCGGGGAACUGCAGGCGGCAGCACGGCGGUGGUCGUGGGCGUGCUGCUCGUCUGCGCGUUCCUCCAUGCGGGGGUGGCGGAGUCGGCGGAGUUCACCGUCGGCGACGGCGGCGGCUGGUCCGUCAACGCCGGCUCCUGGCCCAACGGCAAGCGCUUCAAGGGCCGCGACGUCCUUGUGUUCAAUUACGACCCGACGGCGCACAACGUGGUGGCCGUGUCAGCGGAGGGGUACCGGGCGUGCGCCGCGCCGAGCGGCGCCAAGGUGAACAAGUCCGGGGCCGACCGCGUCACGCUCGCCCUCGGCCCAAACUACUUCAUCUCCAGCGUCCCCGGCGACUGCCAGGCCGGGAUGAAGAUCACCGUCACCGCCGCCAAGCAGGGCCGCAUCGGCGGAGCGUCCUAA